AAGAGAACCCGUCCACAGGUCCCCGAUGACCAACGCAAGAGGGCCCGUCAAGCAUGUGAAAGCUGUCGCCAAAAGAAGGACAAAUGCGAAGGCGGCAUUCCCUGCCAUCGUUGCGCUCGAGAAAGCGUCGCAUGCCGCUUGGAACCAAGCCCUCGUAUGGCCAAGAGCGAGCGCACCGAGCGUCUCGAAAAGGUACUGAAACAUGUGCUGGGGCUUCCAUCACUAGACGACGAGGAACUUCGAGCCCUUUCCGACUCCAUAGGUGCUCCGGACGGCUCCCAAGGCGACGAGAAAGAGCUAGGCACCGAGAAUUCGCUUCUUACAUUUUCACGCGAGCUUGAACAAAAGCUCGGAGAUGCUCGGAAGGGUGAUCACGAAGAUGAAGAUGAGGGCAAAAAAGACGAGGAAGGUGAUGCGAUUGCCACAUUCUGUCGGAGUCCAUCGCCUGUAGCCGCUAUCGGAAACGCUAUGCUAGACUCGGCUCUGGCGGCUCUGCCAGGAAGAGACGUGGCGGAGCAUUUGGUUCACGUCUGCUUCAAAUACGUCCAAUGCAACAGUUUUUACGCCCACGAGAAUUGGGUCCUCGAGCAGCUCCAACGCUGCUAUGCAAACGCUUCCACCCUAUCGGAGCGCGACAUACCCACCAUUGUGACGCUCAUGAUGAUGAUGGCUCUGGGAUCACAGUUUACCUCUGAUCUUUCCCUGGAAACCCUGGGUGCCGAUUUCUACGAGCGGACGAAAAGCAUACUACCCGAGCUAGUCAGCCGCUCCGAUUUCGAGAGCGUUCGAGCCUGCCUCCUUCUAGCAACCUAUCUCUUCCCGGUCAACCUUCCCGGACUUGCCUACACCUAUCUCGGCCUAGCAUUGCAUAUGGCCAUGCGGAAUAAUAUGCACAAAACUCUUCAAGACGAAAUUGAAAUCAGAGUCUGGUGGACUCUGUACACUUUUUAUCAACGCGCUCGGAUUUUUCAUGGCCGCCCGAAGGCCCUCACGCACAUGGAUGUCGAGGUGCGCCGACCACGCCCGGUCCCAGAGCUUGAGCCAGCGGACGGCGUUUCAAACUUUCGCAACCAGGUCGCUCUAAUUGAGAUUACUAUUACGCUUGAAAGUGUUGCGGACGAAAUCGCAUCACUUCGGAAACAUUGGAAAGCGGUGCACGUUGCCAAUCUUCUCACGCUAAGACGAAAGCUCAUCGAUUUCAUGGACGAGAUGCCUAACUUAGCGCAUCAAGACCAAGGCGCAGCUAAUAUAGCUCGACUUCGACUGGAUAUCCAUGUCUACCUUCAUUACUGGCACACCCGCCUAUUCCUUGGUCGACCCUUCUUAUUGAAGCACUCAACUUCAAUUCCAACAGUCCACGGGAUGGCUUCAUCUCCGUCGGCGAAAAAUCUGUCUGCUGGAGAUCUACUGGCGCGGGACUCUGUGGAUGCGGCCGUCAAUAUCAUCCAGCUCUGCCAGAUGAUCCACGAUAAGAUUGGUCUUGCUAUAGCCUCAUACGCCACCGAAUUCACAUCCUGUCGAGCUGCGAUGUUAGUCCUUGUAGCCAAGGGUAUUACCGACAAGUCUACAGCACUGAGCGAUUUAUUAGCCCAAGGUCUGGCAAUUAUCCAGCAAAUGUCCACUGGCCAAGGUCAGGCAAGCGCUGAAGCCCGCGUUAUCGAAGCCUUACAGCGCGCCAUCAUGGGACUCCACAGAAGAAAGGCAUGCCGUCCGGCUGGCUCUACAGCCCAUUCGUCGGAUGAUCCACCAUCAUAUGAUAAGUUCAGGGAGUGGGAGGAGCUGUGGCAA